GCGAAUGCCGUAGGUGGGAAGCCAUUGAAUAGGCGAUUUACGAGGAUAGUACAAUGGGCCUAACAAUAGCCUGAGUGCUCAGAGCUUUUACGAAGAAAAGAGUAGAUCCUACUUACUGCACCGCGUGUUUUGCUGAGAGCGAGCUCAAGAUAAUUAAUCGUUGGAAACACCGCAUAAUUACACUGAGGUGGAAUUCACUGUUACACAAAGUAUCGUCAUCACCAAAGAAAUGUUGAAGAAGUCCCUAGAAGCAAAGGAGGAGCUAGAAAAUUUAGUUGAGUCUUCAAUUCCAGGAUAUUACAUUAAACAGGAUAAGUUCUUACUAAGAAAUCUGGAGAUUUUAUCCGAAACUGAUAUUCAGCGAUGCAAAACCGCCUUGGACCGAGUAAUGAGCAAGUUGACACAAGAGCUUUGCGAUAUGGAAACCGAAAUCUGGGAGUCAUCUACAGUUUCACGAUAUGGAAACAUUUUAUUCGCAGAAUUUUUCCCUGCAUUUAUUUCAGGGAGAGAUUAUUCCAUUAAAUUCGUUCCCGCCCCAUUUUUCUCAAAAGAACAUAAUUCCAUAAUGUUUCAUCUUAUCAGCUCCCACGGCGGAUCCUAUGUUAGUAACUCUGGGAAGUAUAAUUGCAGUGAGGUUGAUACUAUUUUGGAAAAGUCUCUGUAAAUCAUAAGGAGAAGGCACUGCAAAGUUGAUUGACAUUAUAUUGGUAAAUUUUGUAAAUAUAA